GGGAAGCAGACGAAGCCGUUUGAAUUCGAAGCCAACUAUUUGAACGACAUCGUUGCUGUCUUCUUUGUUGGACAGCAAAUUUUGACAAAAACUACGUCGUCCCACUUAUCUACGCCAACAGCGGAGGUUCAGUGCACCCCCUCUCCCAUUGGCUUCUCUCAAAUUCUUCAGAUAAGCUCGACACCUCCUGUCUCUUUCAAACCAAUAGCUUCUUCGCAUCCAGGUAAGCUUUCCAGUAAACUUUCCCUCCAUUUUCUCGAGAAAAUCAGGGUUUUGUUAGUCAUUUGA